ACAGCAGUGCUCUUAUUUUCUUCCAGCCAGGAGUGCCGGGCCUGGGGGUGCUCUGCAGCAUGUCAGUGCGCUCCAGGGAGUGGGAGGACGAGGACAGGGCCAGCAUGGGGCCCAUGGUCUCCACGGGCAGCUUUUACCAGUCCGGGAGCGAGGGUGGCGUGGAGGAGCACCUGAAGGCCAGAGCGCAGGCGUCAGGUUCUGGCCACCAGUGCAGCGCCGAGUCCUCAGACGGGCCUGCCAGCACUGGCGACUCUGACGUGCCCCAGAUCAUCCCCUGGCAUUUCAGCAUCUCCCUGACCUUCCCGGUGAAUGUCGGUGAUAAAGGAAAAUAUACAAGUUUGAUUGAAAAACGUAAGAAAUGCCCUAAAACGGACAAACCUGCUGCAAAGCUUCGCCGUUUCUACCACAUUGAGUAUUUUCUUCUGCCGCAUGAUGGAGAGCCUAAAAAAGUUGACAUUGUGCUGUUUCCAGCGGUGGCCAAAGUGUUCCUGGAUUCAGAAGUAAAGAUGUGUACCGUGAGGCCGUGGCAUGAAGGAGACAAAGUCUGGGUGUCAUGGAUCCAAACUUUUAACAUUAACAUGACAAAGGAGUUACUAAAGAAAACAAAUUUUCACAGAAUAACUUUGAGGCUCUGGGACACUAAGGAGAAUAUUUUGAAAAAAGUUAGGAAGUAUCUAUCAGAGACGUUUGGGUUUUUGGAAGAUGCAGGAGCUCUUGGUAAGUCAGGUAUUCGUGUUUUAUUUGAAAUGUCUCUGGAGGCUCGUGGCUUCUCCUUAGUAACAGGAUAA